AAAUCUCUUACACGAUUGGUGUAGCUUGGUGUCCGUCUAACAAAGGCGUCGGGCGCGUGCAGGAGAUCGCCACGUUGUUAGCAGAUUCAAGCAGUUUAUACAUCGGCCCUCUCCCCUGGAAUUGAGCUGAAAACAUUAUACAUUGCUGCAUCUUUUCGUAAGCUACUCAAGGAUCAACAUGAGUGUGGGCUUCAUUGGAGCGGGCCAGCUGGCUCAGGCGUUGGUGAAGGGAUUCACAGCUGCAGGUGUUAUUGCAGCACACAGAAUCACUGCCAGCUCUCCUGACACUGACCUACCCACUGUGGCUAGCCUUAGAAAAAUGGGAGUGAACUUCACCACCAGCAACAAAGAGACGGUGCAAAAGAGCGAUGUUCUGUUUCUGGCUGUGAAGCCACACAUCAUCCCAUUCGUGCUGGAUGAGAUUGGCUCAGACAUUGAAGACCGUCACCUGAUCGUGUCCUGCGCUGCUGGAGUGACCAUCGGCUCCAUUGAGAAGAAAUUGGGACAGCACCGGGCCAACCCAAAGGUCAUGCGGCUUAUGACCAACACACCUGUGGUGGUGCGGGAGGGGGCAACGGUGUAUGCCACGGGCACUCACGCGGAGGUGGAGGACGGCCAGCUGCUGGAGCAGCUGAUGAGCAGUGUGGGCUACUGCACCGAGGUGGAGGAGGACCUGAUCGACCCCGUCACCGGCCUCAGCGGCAGCGGCCCAGCCUACGCAUUUACUGCAGUGGAUGCCCUCGCUGAUGGUGGAGUCAAAAUGGGCUUGCCGAGGAGACUGGCUGUGCGGUUAGGAGCUCAGGCUUUGCUGGGAGCAGCCCGAAUGCUGUUGGACUCGGACCAGCACCCUGGCCAGCUGAAGGACAACGUGUGCUCACCAGGGGGUGCCACCAUCCACGCGCUGCAUGUGAUGGAGAGCGGCGGCUUCCGCAGUCUGCUAAUCAACGCCGUGGAGACCUCCUGCAUCCGGACAAGGGAGCUUCAGUUCUUGGCAGACCAGGAGAAGAUCUCGGCAGCCGCCAUUAAGAAGACGACGCUGGACAAGGUGCUGCAACAGCCCGGUGUGGAGGAGUCCAGGGUGGGGGUCCGCACGGGGAUCAGCCUUUUCAACAACAGCAGACACAAGAAGUGAGGACAGAGCUGAUCUGAGGAGCCUUACGUCUCAUCCAUCAUCCCCAGACACAGUCUGUAGGACAUGAACCACACCUCGGAUCCAAACCCCCCCCCCCCCCCCAACCACCUGUAGGAUAUGAAGCCACACACCCCGGAUCCAAACGCCCCUCAACCGCCUGUAGGACAUGAACCCCACACCUCUGAUCCUAAACGCACCCCCCAGCAGCCGUCAGCACUUACUAAGCCUCUGCAGAGCAGGCCGUGUCAUCUGUCUAUCUGUGUCUCUGUCUUUCUGCGCACCCAUGAUCUGCUCUGUCCAUUCUCAUGCUGCUCCUGCCCUCGGCUGUCCAAGUGCAAAUUCCACAUAUGCACAGUGGUAUAGACGCAUAGUAGUUAUUAUACAUGUAAGAGCUACAAUAUCGUAGAUGUUGCCUUUAUUUUGAUAUGACAAACAUAAGACAAAAUAGCCCAAGGUUUACAUUUUUUGCAACGUUUUGAUAUGGACUUCUGUUUCAAUACAUAUGGGCCACCAUUGUCAGUAAUUGAUAGAGGUAGUGAAUGAUCCAUUUCCUCCUCUUCCUAUUUUAAUAUCACUGCUUUCCCCUCAUUAUUUUGACAAUGCUGUUAUGAUUGUUUUUGGCAGCGGACCAUUUAGUCAGUUGUAUCAGCAUCACCCGGUUUAAUCUACGUAUCACUGAAUGUGAAGGAAGCUGAGCCUUCUCAUAAUUAACCAAAAGAUGAUCAAGCCAUGACUGAAAGCCUGAAGAUGAUGGACCAUGCCUGCCUGAGGUCAGCUCUAGGAGAUAUGUAGCUGUGCAUCAGGAGCAAAGAGAAAGUAAAUCAAACAAAACCUGUCCGCAGACCUCCUGAAGUAUGGAGCUGAGAUUAGUGGUUGGAUGGUGAAAGGCCACUGUGCAGUUUCUCUAUCUCCUAUUGAUUAAUCUGUCUAUAUAUUUGUUACAGAUGUGUCAACACACAUAGCAGUUAUUAAUAGCAAUUAUUUACUAUCAUUCGUUAGUUAUGUUAGAUUAUAGAUUGUGGAACUAGUAUUCAUUGUGAAGCCAAUGAAUAUAUUCUUUUUUGCCUUUUCAAUAAUGUAGUGGUGGACUUUUUUACUGUGAUUCUAGUAAGGAAGAAGCACUUUAAAGCUGGACUUUCUGCUCAGGACUACAUACCAACAGUUUUAUGUCUAUCAAAUCCCAGAUCUGUGUGAGCUACGGUCAUGUUGUAUUCUCCUGUCAUGUUACAAAGAGGUGCAAACUGUACUUUCUGUUAUACCAAGGAUAUACACAGUGUUUUUUUUUU